GUAAAUUCGCAGUUUAUUUACAAACUCUCGUUACAUUCAUGGCGGAGAGGGGAGAGAGAGAGAGAGGGAGUGAAGAUUCUAGGGUUUUUUAGUGCCAUUUCCUGAUCGAAAACCUGUCCGUCACUCAUGAAGAAAGGAGUUUUUGUUCGUGGUUCUGAUUCAAUGAGCAACAAGGAGGACAUAUAUGGUUAUCGUUUGAAUUCGUCGUCAUUAUCCCUAUCGACGACGUCGUCGAAGGCACUUCUCCUAGCGUUGUUUAUGGUUUCGUUUCUCGUCAUUUCAUCAUCAACGGCCGCCGUUAACUCUUCAGUAUCCGACGGCGGCGGCAGCAGUGGUGGUUUAGUCCAGUGGCAGAUUCUCACGAAACGCAACUUCUCGUCUCAGAUCCGUCUUCACCCCCAUCUACUCCUCAUGGUCACCGUUCCCUGGUCUGGUGAGUCUCGAUCCCUCACGAAGGAAUUAUCCCAGCUUGUUGCCAAUAAGCAAGAAAAGUUUGGAAACCUUACGCUGAUGCUCUUAUAUAGAAAUACAGAGAAGAUGCUUGCCGAUGCCAUCGGGGCUACAGAGGGAGUUACAAUUUUAUGCUACCACCAUUCUUUGCCUUACAAGUAUCAAGGGAGACUUCGAGCUCAAAACAUUUUGCAUUCUGCUCAUUUUCUUAUGUUGCGUGCUCCAGAACAACUUCCCCUUGAAUCUCUAGAAACACCAGAGGACUUGAAAAUAUUUCUUCAGUCAACUGACAAGGCUUUACUUCUCGUGGAAUUUUGCGGAUGGGCAUCCUCGUUGUUGGGCAAGGGAAAGAACAAUGAAUCUGUCAAUGCUUUUGGUGGUCCCUUUGGAGCGGAUUUCAGUGGAGAGACUAAUAGAUCACUUGCUGCCAAAGGAAAGAAAAACCAGAAGGGGUUGGAAAAUGAGAAGCUGACUUGUGGUGUUCAAAAUCAGUUCAGUGGAAUACCUUCUGCCGGGGAAUUUAGCUCUGUAAGUGACUGUGACUCUAUUGGGGCAAAAAAUAUGACCCCCCAUGAUGGCAUGUCUUGCAGUUUUGCUGAGUUCCUGCGGUUUGACACUUUCUUCUCAAACUUCACGCCUAUUGCUAGAGAGUUCUUCUUGCCUCCUGAAAGGCUGAGAUUUGGUCUAGUUCCUGAGAGGUCCUUGCUUUCAUCUUUGGGUGUUGAAGAUUGUGGUUCAUGGUUGUCAUCUUUGAAUGUGGGACAAUCUGAUUCAUGGUUGAUGAUACUUCAUUUCGCUGGCUGUCCCAGUUGUUCAAAGGUUUUCAGAGAAGGGGAUGAUCUCCGACAUGCUCUACUGAUGCAAAAUUCACUUGUUAGAGAGCUAGGUGGUGCUGGGCAUGAUCCUGAGCCUGUAUUGCCUGCACACGAGCCUUCAAUCCUUCUUUUUGUUGAUAGAUCAUCUGAUUUAAGUGAAACUAGAAGAAAGAGCAAGGAGGCUAUUGACGCAUUUAGAAAUUUUGCAUUGCACUAUGAGACAUCGUAUGGCAAGGGCCAACAAAACAAUAACUUGUUUGGCACUUAUCAAGUAUCAAAAAGCAUGCCUGUGCAUCAAAGUUUGAAGCUGUCUCCAAAAUCGGAAAAUUUUGGACUAGAUGAGAUGUCUAUCAUGAUUGUCAAUGAGGGAAACCAUGUUACUUUGGACAAAAACGAUCCCAGUUUAGAAGGUAAUUCUUUGCAUGAUGUCUUGGCAUACGUACUUAAGAACAAGAAUGGGGUAAAAUUGAGCUCACUUGCCAAAAAAGUAGGUUUCGAACUUUUAUCCGAGGAUUUUGACAUUAAGGUACAAGAAACUAAACGAACAAAGAUGGGAGUUCUUCAGUCUGAUGAGGUUUCACUAAAUCCCAAAAAGGGCCUUCAUGAAGCCAGUGUUGAUUUGCCAAAGGGUCAGAUACCAGAUACGCUUAGCACAACUACUAUGGAGCGUGAGGAGCAAUUUAAACCUGAUCAUUAUCUUGGUAGUGCUGAAGAUGAGAUUGUGGAUCAGAAAGCCCUUUCGGAGAUAACUAAUUUGAGAGAACAGAAGCUUCACCAUAAACACUUUAUAGGUUCCUUUAUCUUUUCCGAUAGUGGAUAUCAGUUGCUUGAAGCACUAACUGCAGGUUCAAAGAUUCCUUCAGUGGUUAUAGUUGAUCCCAUUUUGCAGAAACAUUAUGUCUUACCCGAAGAAACAGUUUUCACCUACACUUCAUUAUCUCAUUUUCUUGAUGGGUUUCUCAAUGGAAGUCUUCAUCCAUAUCAACGAUCCGAAUCUGUUGUCCCAAGCCCUAGGGAGGGUCCAUCUCCUCCAUUUGUUAAUCUGGAUUUUCAUGAGGUGGACUCUAUUCCUCGGGUUACCACGAGUACUUUUUCUGAGUUGGUUAAUGGCUUUAAUAAAUCAGAUAUUUCUAAUGUUGGCCAUGUGUCGAAGAAGGAUGUGUUGGUCCUCUUUAGCAACAGUUGGUGUGGGUUUUGCCAGAGAAUGGAACUUAUUGUUCGUGAAGUAUAUAGGGCUUUCAAGCACCAUGCUUCCCUGCUGAAUAAUGGACCUACAAACAAGGGAUCUGUGUUAGCUGAUGACUUGAAAGAAUCGGAUCUACCACUAAUUUACUUCAUGGAUUGCACAGUGAACGAAUGCAGUUCAAUCUUAAGAUCAUCAACUCAGAGGGAACUUUAUCCUUCUCUGCUGUUGUUUCCAGCGGAAAGUAAGAAUGCUGUCCCUUAUGAAGGAGAUACGGCAGUAUCAGAUAUUAUCAAGUUUAUUAUCGAUCAGGGAAAUAAUCCUUCUACUAUUGUCAAGGAGAAAGGAAUUACACAGGAUUAUCAAGAUGCAUCACAAAUUGCCGUUCACAAGGAAGCUUCUCUAUCCAAGGGCAAGUACCAUGAAGUUUUACUAAAAUACAGGACACCAGAAAAUGUGAUUAGAUACAAGCAUAUAAGAGCAUCCCGCCAAGUGAAUGUCGGUUCUAUCCUUAUUGCAACUGACAAACUUUUCAAUGUACACCCAUUUGAGGAAUCCACUAUACUCAUUAUAAAGGCAGAUCCAGGUAGUGGAUUCCAAGGUCUAAUUGUAAACAAACAUAUCAGUUGGGAUUCACUCCAUGAACUGGAGGAAGGCUUAGAACUCCUAAAAGAGGCUCGGCUUUCAGUUGGCGGGCCCCUCUUAAAACAUGGAAUGCCUCUUGUUGCCCUAACAAGGAGAACCAGUAAGGGUGAGAACCCGGAAAUCCUGCCAAGUGUUUACUUCCUUGAUCAAUUGGCGACAAUUGAUCAAAUAGAAGGUCUCAAGUUGCACAACUACUCAAUUAUGGAUUACUGGUUUUUCUUGGGGUAUUCGAGUUGGGGUUGGGACCAGUUAUUUGAUGAGAUUGCUCAGGGAGCUUGGAACAUAAGUAGUAACCAUGUACAAGUGCUAGAUUGGCCGUGGAGAUGACUCCAAAUUCAGUGAUGGGGUUUUAGAUUGCAUUUUAUGUAUUACAUCUUACACUCAAUUAUUAAGAUUUCCCAAAGGGCGGCUGAACAUUGGUUAAAUAUCAGAGAUUGCAGCAGUAUUCCAUUACCCACUACUAAAAAAUACAUACUAAAGCGGGUGAUCUAGUGCAUGAGGCUCUCGUGAAAGUGGGGUCGCAAGAUCUAUGAAGCCUUGGUCCUAUUGUGAAGUGACUAUUUUCCGCAACUCAAAAUCUCACCACCGGGGAGGCAAAUGGAAAUGGAUGAAGUGGCCCUCUUUUAAGGUGUACUAUUAGAAAUAGGUCACAUUGAAUUAUAUGCUUUGUAAAUGCACAUAUUCUCUCUUUACGAAACUGUGAUGAGCUUUGGUUUUUGAUAAAUUAGGUCUUAACUAUGGAUAUUGGCCUGGGAAUCAUUUUGUUUUGGUUAUAUGGACAUUGAUUCAUCAUGAUGGAGAUUGGGAUGGUGAAUCGUCAUUUUUCA